CCUAUUACGGGCGGGGCGAGGUAGGGCAGGUCGGGCAUCCCAGCCGGUUUGGCGGAAGGAGCGGCGGCGGAGGAGGAGGAUGGAGGCGGUAGUGUUCGUCUUCUCGCUCCUCGACUGCUGCGCGCUCAUCUUCCUCUCAGUGUACUUCAUAAUUACUUUGUCUGAUUUAGAAUGUGAUUACAUUAAUGCUAGAUCAUGUUGCUCGAAAUUAAACAAGUGGGUGAUCCCAGAGGUGAUCGGCCACAGCCUCGUCACCGUGCUGAUGCUCGUUUCAUUGCACUGGUUCAUCUUCCUUCUCAAUGUGCCUGUGGCCACUUGGAAUAUCUAUCGGUUCAUUAUGGUGCCAAGCGGUAACAUGGGAGUGUUCGAUCCAACAGAAAUACACAAUCGAGGGCAGCUGAAGUCACACAUGAAAGAAGCCAUGAUCAAGCUCGGUUUCCACUUGCUCUGUUUCUUUAUGUAUCUUUAUAGGUAAAUUUAAAUUUUUCACAUAGGCGUAAGCACUACUAGGAAGAACUUGUACUAAACGAAACGUCUACCAUUCAGAAGCAGGGUGUCCCACCCUGCCGUCCGCAGGCCACAUGUGGCGCACGAUGGCUGUGAAGGUGGCCCAACUCAAAAUCGCAGAUUUACUUAAAACCUUGUUUUGCUCAUCAGUUUUCAUGACUGUUUGUGUAUUUGAUGUGUGGCCCAAGACAAGUCUUCUUCCAGUGCGGCCUAGAGAUGCUGAAACGUUGGACCCCCUGCCGUAGAAGACAGGGCUGUCCCAUCAGGAGCGUCACGGAGGACUCCUGGUAAUUAGAAACCGAGUAGAGAUAGCAAGUUCACUUUUGUCUGAAAUAGUUCAAAGUGUGCCAUUUUAGCUCUCCUUGAAUAAGCAGGUUUCCCGGAAUCGUUUUGUUGUGCCGAUUUCCCCCACUGGCACAGAGUAGAUUGAGGUUGGAGUUCAGUUUCCUUUUCGCCAUUUAUCUUAUUUGCUUUUCUGUAUUUUAAAAACUAGGACAGAAAAAGCACAUUGGUAUUAGUUUCUGGUUCUCCUACCUCACUGCUAGUGCGAUUAAUUUUUAAUUCUGGUAUAAAAGAUGAAAAAUAAAGAGCAAGGAAAGUUCGUGUUAAGCACACGAUGGCACACCUGUUCUCGUUUUUGUUACUUUUCAGAGGAAAACCAUGUGAAGGUAUCUUUGCCGUCACACACUGGCCCUUGCAUUUGUUCCUGAGGAGACAUAAAGCAGCUGCAAUCAGCUCAGCUCGGGUGCUCUCGCUCCAUGCUCCCCGCCCCUCUGGGUCUCACCCUGAUGGAGCCAAGACGGAGCCACCCAGCCCCGGCCUUGACAGCAGGCGCUUCUUGAAACAGCUGUGGGUACAGCCACUGUGGUCACACUCCUGGAAGCAGAUGUAGGGCCAGGGAGCUGUGCCUUGCUUAGAAGACCGGAAGUCUUAGCAUUAAAAGUACACAAGAGUUUCUUAGCUCUUGGAUGUUGAACUUGAAGCGGUGGGAUGGUGGGCUGAAGUCGGGGCAUUAGAGGAAUCGGGAAUCAGGAGGCGGGCUUCAGUGCGGUUCUUUACAGCUAAGUAAAUGGCCGGGUGCCUGUGCCAGGGGUUUGACCCAGCGGCUGCAUUUCUCCCCGGCUGCAGCCUUUCUUUUUCUUCUCUUCCCUCCCAUUCCCUUUCCUCCUGAGCUUGUCAUUUUUAGCCACAUUGCUGUUACCCUUGGUGUCACUCAUGGCUCAAGGGAUCAGGAUGAAAUAGUAAUUUCAGAAGAUGUCCUGAUAACACUUUGCUUUUAGCUUUUAGUUGCUGUUAUUUAAAAAAGUGGUUUUAUGUCCCAAACCAUCCCAUUUCCGAUGCAGGAAUUUCAUGCUACUCCUCUGUGUCGCUGGUCAUGGCUUGCUGGGUUUGUUAAGCAGAGUUAAAGGGGACACAGUGCCCCUCUCCUUUAGAGACCGAGAGUCUGUGCCUUUGGUUUCGAUUAGGUGCUAAUCUGGGGGAAUCUGGGCUUUCCCACUUAACCAUUCCCUGUGUGACCUGGGGCACUGUGCUCACACACAGUAAACUCUAGAAAAAUCUUUCAAAACUGUCAGUUUCUACCAGUAAUCUGAGCUCUGCACUGAGAACACCUAGUCUGGUUAGAUUUGGACAGGAAAUCCUUGGGCAGCAGCUCACACCACUAGUGGUAUGAGGGUGUUUCUGUGUAUUUUCAUCAUUUGGUCUCAGUGGAGCAAAGCUGACUGCAGUAGAAGGAAAUGACAGUUUUGUUACUGAGUGGCUUUGACAGAGUGUUUAUUGUGACAUCACUGCGUGUCAGAUGCUGUGGAAGACACUGCAGGUGACACAAAGGAGCAGCCCACACUCCUCUGUCACAGCUGGGAGCUGGGAGGGAUCACAGUGGCCGGGGGCCACCCUGGCGUAUGGACGUGACGCUGCCCGGAUCCUGCACCUGCCUCGGAAAAGCUCACGGUCCAGGGCAGAGAUGGAAGCCAGGCCAGCGGGAAGAGGAGGAGUCGUGGGCACGCUUGCGCCACUGCCCUGGGUUGAGAGGCGGCUUUCUGCAGAAGAGGGCCUGACUGUGCGGCCUGAGUGGGGAUGUACUAGAUUGAGGGGCGGGGCCGCAGGUGCAAAGAUCUGGCUUAGAGAAUUAGCUCCCCCCGCCCCCCCCAAGACAUAGCUUGUUUUUUCUAAACUAUAGCCCAAUAUUGGUUUUACGUUGUAUUCCCCAUCCCAGUAACCUUUUAAUUUUUUUAGUGAAAACACAGGGCACUAGAGGCCUUAAUAUAGAAUCUCUCUCCUUCCUUUGGGUAUAAAUGAUCGUCUUUACGCCAAUGAGUGUUCCUUGCUGAGCCUUAGCGAUGCGAGUCUGACGGGUCAGACUCUGGGACACCCCGAGGAGACACGAGUAACCCGAACCUCUU